AUGGCUGUUUCGAAAUACAACAACCAAUCUCCUGUAAUGCUGGUGCGAGCGCGACACAACACUAGUCCAAAAGUCGAUUAUACAUCGCCCGACAACAAGGACGAUGCCAAAAGGUUGCCGGAUGACGAUUUCAGAUUCUUUGAUAUGGUCUACAAUGGAACAGAACGAAUUGUGUCGCGCCGAAAACCACCAAUUGGAAAUCCUUCACCUCUAAAGCCCGUCGCUCCAAGCUCCUUUCUAUCUGUGAAGGAGCGUAAAUCGUUUGCCGACCUUUUUUCUCAGCUGUUAGAGGAAGUACAAGCGGAAUCUGUUGAAUUGAACGAAGCCGCUUUGAAGGUGAAGUCAGCCGAAAGUUUUGGUUUGUCUUCUAAUUCUUCGACGGCGAUGACGGCUGCCUCUGAACAGAUCCUACGUGAAUCAAACACACUCACUGAUCUUGAAAACCAAACGCCUGCAUUCCGUGUUCUUCAAAAUGAGAUGCGGGCCUGCAAAACGGACUGGGAGCUGCAGCAGCUAGUGAGGACAAAAAUAUAUCCUGCCGCUACUGAGCCGUCGACACAUGAUUCGGAAACGUUCCCUUCAGCUGCAGCCCUUCGAGAUGCCAUGCUACUUGCACGACGGCUGUAUCACAACCCUAUGUUGGCCAUUGCUUUUAUGAAUCGUCUGAAACAUUCGAGCGCAGAAGCGUACGUUCGUGCAUGCGAUGUAUCUGUUUACAAUCAAGCCCUGUUGUCCUCUUGGGAGGGAUGGCGCGACCGGAUGACUGUGCAUUCGCUCUUAAAGGAGAUGGAAGCGAAUGCUAUCGCCCCAAACCAAGAGACACAAAACAUACUCGCAGCUAUGGGAGACAAAAGGCAUUCACAAAAAAAGCACACAAAGGAUCGUAACCCAGCAUCCGAAGCGGGAUCAACAGGACGGUGA